AUGACGCACUGUUUUUCCAAUGACUAUCCUAGUCGCCAGGCAAAUGCCGCUCGGGCACUCGCUUUGGAUCGACAGAGGGCCGAAGAGAAGCGGAAAGAGCAGAAGGAGUCGCUGCAGGAUCUCAAUGCGAGACGACGGUUGGAUGUCGAGAGGCAGCUGGUUCGGAUCUUCACGCCGAUCCCGCGCCCGCACGAGCACCUGCCGGUUUACUGCCAGCGGUUGAACGUCGACCUGACCGUCACUACCAGGCAGGUCAGAAAGCACAAGGGCGCAAAGGGAGAGCCGAUUCUUUUUGUCGAGAUUGACAGUGUUCAUCAACCAUCGGACCCUUGCUCUGUCAACAUGGCGGCGCUGCUAUCCUUCGACGCUGCGUGGGCCAGGGAUCUGAGCCGAGAGCUCCUCUCAAAGCUGACUUGGCCACGCGUUUGCGCAUUGGCUUCGGCCGGUGUGGUGGCGCGGGUGCUUUGGUCCCACUACGGGAUUCUUCUCCGGAGGCGGCUCCCAACCCACGACCUGGGUCUUCCGUUAGUGGGGCACACCUUCGAGAUCAAGCAGGAGUCUCUGGAAGGAUGGGUAAACCGAGUGCUGAAGGAUAAACAAGCUUACCUGGCCCAUUACUUCUACUCUCACACGGUCCUCUUGCGGCACGAGCUAUACAUGAAGCACGUUCAUCGUGCGGAGCUCGACGGCAAGCUGUGUCCCUUUUACCCGCGUGGCCUUUCAAGGUUGAUCGGUGAGAACAGUAUCAUUGUCCUCCCUGGCGGCAAAGGCCACCACAAGCACAAGCGCUUGCGAGGCAAGCUGCUCUCUAGCCUCGGGCCGCAAUAUGUUCUCAGCAUUAUUCCCGAGAUCAUGGCAAUGAUUCGCCAAAUGCUGGAUGGUCUCGUGAAGGACACGGAGCGACAAGGCUACGCGAAAUUUCAGCCAGCGGCAACAAACCUGGCGGCGCGUGUCUCGGUGCUACCGAUCGCAGCGGGGCUCGAGGAUGCAGAUCAGCAGCGCUUUCAGACGCUUCUCGACACCGCCCUUUUGGGCCUCUAUGCGCUUCCGAUCAACCUCGGCCGCUUCUCGGCCCACGGCCGCGCUCUGAUCGCGCGGCACGAUAUCGACGAAAUUAUCUCCAAGGCAAUGGCUAGCCCGAACAAGCAUCGGCAGAACAUCGUCGCUGACCUGGCGAAGGAUUCGAAGGAUGGCCAUGGCUUCACCAAGGAGGAGAUUUCGGACACAUUGUUCAGUCUCCUGGUGGCGGGUAAGAUGACGACCUCAGAAGCUUUUCCAUUCUUGUUGGUGCAGCUUUACAAGCACCCGAGCUGGAUCCCACGCAUCGCUUCGGAAAGCCUCGAGAUGACAAACCCCGAGGAGAACUCGGCCACUCUGCGCUUCGUGCGCGAGGCCAUGCGGCUGAAGCCACCAGCUGGCGCCUUCCGACGGGUGAACAGGACAGAGGUCGUGGACCUCGGGGAGCACGGUGUGGUGCCCAGGGGCUGCCCGAUGGCGAUCGACCUCAGGGCAGACCUCAAGGACAUGGGACAGACGUUUGAUCCGGAGCGGUGGCUGACCGAAGCCAAGGACAAGUUUACAGUUUUUGGCGGGAAUCAACCCCACGAAUGCAUCGGGAAGCAUUUGGCACUAGUCGAACUGCAGCUCUUCGCCCGCAUCCUGUGCCGUGAGUACAACUUCCAGGUGAUGAACAUGACUGAAGUUGUGAAUCCGGGAAAUCCGAUCAACAGGACCUACAAAGAUGGCUGCCGCGUGAAGUUCUCGAAGCAGUGA